AUGGAGCUCUGGAACUCCACCUUAGGAAAUGACUUCACAUUAGCGGAGAUUCUGAAUGACAGUGGGGUUCCCAAACUGCUUUUUGCAACAAUCGCUGUCCUGUACAUAUUGGCCCUGACCAGCAAUGGCCUGCUGCUCUUGGUCAUUAUAAUGGAUUCCUGGCUCCAUGUGCCUAACCUACUUAGCCAGCUAUCUCUCAUGGACUUGAUGUUUGCAUCUGCAGUUACUCCCAAAAUGCUUGUGGAUUAUCUGCAUGGGAAGAACACCAUCUCCUUUGAAGGCUGCACCUUUCAGAUGUUAGUAGUUCUCACUUCAGGAGGUGCAGAGGACUUACUACUGGCGUUCAUGGCCUAUGACAGGUAUGUGGCUAUUUUUCAUCCUUUGCACUACAUGGUCCGCAUGAGGCCAAGGAUAUGCUGGCUCACAAUAGCCACACCUUGGGUCCUGGCAUUCCUGAAUGCUGUGAUACUCACUUCAUAUACUAUGCACUUUCCUUUCUGUAUGUCUCGGAAAAUCAGGCACCUACUCUGUGAGAUCCCACCCUUGUUGAAAUUGGCCUGUGCAGAUACCUCCAUAUAUGAGCACAUGGUAUAUGUGACAGGUGUGAUCUUUCUCAUGCCUACCCUUGCUGCUAUCCUUGCCUCUUAUACAUUUGUCCUAAUUGCUGUCCUUCAUGUGUCCUCGGGUAAGGGAAGGAAGAAAGUCUUCAUCACAUGCUCUUCUCACCUG